AUGCGUAGGCCAUCUGGGGUCACUUGGGUUCAACAGCGGAGCGUGGACGUGGAGGUGUCGUUGGGCAGCCCCGUGGGAUGCCCUACGGUCCUUUCUGCUUGCGUGCGUGGCGCUGUUUCUUACCAUCGAGGCACCCUCCUCCAUUUUGCUUUGGAUUCUAUUUUACUUCCCCCAUCACGUAGUGCGUAUCCUCUUUUUUACAUCGCGCAUGGCGGAGAGCUGUCAACCGCCCCCGUUUUACUGCGGCGCGAUCCGCACCCAGUCAUCGUCCAGCGCACGACGGGGAGUGCCUCGGCUAUUGCCUAA